UCGGAGUCAAACUAAAAUCUUUUUAUCGCAAUAUGGCAGCAAUGUCAUAGUGCUGGUACGUACUAGAAAAGAUCGUGUUCCGUAAAAAUGAAUUCAGUUCUGUUCUGCGUGGUCUGCGGUAGCAACGAGAAAGUACACAGGUGUUCGAGCUGCAAGUCAACGUACUAUUGCUCAAGAGAACAUCAGAAACAGGAUUGGAAGCGUCACAGAGAAGAGUGCAAAGCACGCAUCAACGGACGCGCCACCAACAUCGAGCAUUCUGUGGAGCAGCAUCAGGGGAACCCCCAGUUGCCAGACGAGGGUAGCUCUGAAAGCGAAAUACUGAGAUCACAGGCCGAGUGUUUAAAUCCGCAUUAUAAGGAGGACAAGACACCGACUGAGAAAGCCCUGAAAUCUGCCAGGACAGCCAUGCCAAUCAGUGGAGAGAACAUUGUACAUCCCAAGAGACCUGACUUUAAGGACUUCCCAGAGAGUUCGCACUUCUUGCAUGAGGCCCACAAUGAGACAACAAAUGGGAUCUGCAGGAAUGUGAUCCAUGACAUGGAUGCAUAUGGUGUGUGUGUUGUUGACAAUUUUCUGGGUGAUGGUCAGGGGAAGGCAGUGCUGUCAGAGGUGCUCGAUAUGUCCACCAAAGGGGUAUUUAAGGAUGGCCAAUUGGUUAGCAGCAAUGGCAGACAAGAUCUGAAGACCAUCAGAGGUGAUCAGAUCACAUGGAUUGAUGGUAGGGAGCAGCAUUGCACUCAAAUUGGAAAGCUCAUCAGUCGGGUUGAUGCUAUAAUCAUGAGAGCAAACAAAAUGUACAAUAAUGGUAAACUGGGAGACUAUAACAUCAAUGGAAGAACCAAGGCUAUGGUUGCUUGCUAUCCAGGAUCAGGUUCGCAUUACGUGAAACACGUGGACAAUCCGAACAGGGAUGGAAGAUGUAUUACGGCCAUCUACUACUUGAAUCUGCAUUGGGAUAUUAAAUGUAGCGGAGGAUUGCUGCGAAUUUUCCCAGAAGGCUGGACCGAUAAAGUUGCAGACAUAGAGCCGCUAUUCGAUAGGUUAUUAUUCUUCUGGUCGGAUAGGCGGAAUCCGCACGAGGUGCAGCCCGCAUUCCACACGAGAUACGCGAUAACGCUAUGGUACUUUGACGCGAGAGAAAGAGAGGACGCUUGCAGGCGUUAUGAAAAAGAUCGUUCCUCUUUGAAGAAGAAAUGAAACGAGGCUCCGACGAUGAAGGGGAGUGCGAUUCGUUCAGUGAUGUGAUAUUUAUUUAAAGGAAAAAGGGACUGCUGGAAGGAUGAUGAGUUCGUUGUGGUAGUGACGAUUUCUUUACAUAAUAGAAGAAAAAAAUAACAUACUUAU